AUGGUUUCCUGCUCCUUUAUUGGGUCCCCGGUACCUCUGGCCGGUCGUGAUGACCCGGAUCAGCCUACUAUUGCGUCGGUGCCUGCAGCGGCGCCAAUGAGGCUAAAUCAAGUACCGAAAAGUGCUACUGCUAGUCCAGCAGCCUCGUGGCCUAUAUCUUCAUCUCAACCAUCACAAAGUCCUCAAAACCCAAUUUUGGAACCACAGGUUCCGCUACCGGUAGUGCCUGGAUUACAAGUGUUUGAUAUGGAACUUAUGCAUCAUUAUAUGGUUUCAACAUGUUAUACUUUAUCUCGAAGUCCGUCCGUGCAAGGUGUCUGGCGCGACGAAGCACCGCGCGUGGGAUUCACUAUGCCCGCUGUUCUACACGCUAUUUUGGCUUUAUCGGCACUCCAUCUCGCCCGCUCAGAUCCUUCACGCCGGGCAGUGUGUAUAGCCCACGCACACAUGCACCACACCACAGCAGUUCGUGCAGUCACCCCCAAUCUACAAUCCUUAGCAUCCGAUAACGGGGUCGGAUUGUUUCUCUUCUCCUCCUUAUUAUGCAUGUUCGCCUGCGCAAACACGAAGUUUGAAAACAACAAUUUCCUCGUUCUAUUCGAAAAGGGCGCUCUCGCUGAAUGGGCGCUACUCUUCCGGGGCACGAAGACAGUUAUUGAGUACAGCAGUCAUGAUUUCAAGACUGGGAUUCUGAGCUCGAUAUUUAUGAAUGGGGCUCAGUCGAACUUUGCUCGUCAUGCGCUGUCACUUGAUCAGGCGCAAGUGUAUACCUGGGAAUUGAAGCGGAUGAUUUCAGCGGAGUACGCGCAUGAUCCCCGGACGCGCAGGAUCUAUGAUGAAGCAGUGGACACAUUGGGCAGGACACUUGCAGUCGUGAUGAAACCCGGCGAAGGAACGAGGAUUCAGACUGCAGACAUAUUCGCUUGGUUGCUGGAAGUAUCAAAUGAGUAUCUAGAGUUUCUAGGGCAAGAGGAGCCGAUUGCGUUGAUUGUUUUUGCAUAUUUCUGUGUGGCAUUACAGCAGAUUGAAUGGAUGUGGUGGAUGGAAGGGCUGAGCAGUCGGCUACUAAUGCAGUUGUAUUCGGUAUUGGACAAGGAAUAUCGCGGUUGGCUGAAAUGGCCACAAGAGCAGAUAGGGUGGCAUCCUCUGGACUCUUUAUAA